CCAGUCCGAUGACAACCUGUUUGGAAUUGCUCGUUGAAUGCAAAGCCUCAGGAAAUAAAAUGGAGGGGGCUUGCAUGCUCCUUUCCUCUGCAAGGCACGCCCUUUGGUUCCAGAAAAGUCUGGAACAAAUGCUGCGUCGGGCAUGCUGAUAGGGGGCCCGUGUUCGUGGCUCAACAAAUCGUGGCACCGGUGGUCUUAGAUGGUGGUGCUCAAAAGCAAGCGGCAUUGAGCUGGAAACACUACCUACAUUUUGAAAAGACUAACCCUCGUUAAAGACUCCAGCGGCAAUUUGGAGAUUUGGAACUUGCUAGGUAGCACUGCAAGCAUGGAAAGUGGGGACGGCCCAUCGGUGCGCCUACCAGCACGAGCCACUCGAGGGAAGAGGCUGAACAAGCUGAUCGAGGAAGAAGACGAUGCAGACAAGGCGUUCUGGGGCCAGGAUGCAUUCAACGAGGAGGACCAAGAGGAGUACGUCUCUGAGGAGGAAGAGCAGGACGUGUUCGACAGCGACUUUGAUGAUGACGAAGAUAUGGAGGACGAUGGUGAGGAAGAGGCAGACGAGAGGCCGCAAAGAAAGCGGAAAGCCCCGCCUGGGGCCGCCCCAAAGCGCCCCGCGCGCAAGGCCGCAACUGCUGCCAAGGCCGCAAUCACGCCCAAGACUCAGACCAAGUCCUUUGAAGCCGUGUUCCAAGACAGACUGGACGGAAUCAAACCAGACAAGAGCACUCCGAAGGCAAAGGCCGCCACGCCAAAGCGCCCCAGGGCAGAGCAGGAUUUCGAGUUGGCAGAGGCUGGAUUCGAGCGGCGGUCCAAGCGGGCAGUAGUGGUCGAGAGGAACGUGGAGAGGGAGCAGGAGGAGCGGCAGAGGGCCAAAAGCAGAAAACCGGUGCCGAAAAAGAAGCCGGUGGUGGAGGAGCGGCGGCUGACGCAGGAGGAGAUGCUGGCGGAGGCUGCGCAGACAGAGAUUGCGAACCUGCAGUCGCUGGAAAUCAUGCUGGCGCGCGAGGAGGAGAUCAAACGGAAGGCUAUCAUCCACAAGGAGGCGUUCGCAGGGCCGCAGAUCCGGUACCACUCGAAAGACGGUCACACCGUGCUCGAGUUCACCCGCAUGGACGCCUUUCCUGACGUCAUCAAUGCGAAAGCGGCCCCCUAUCCCCUAAGGUCGGUCUGCGCCGUCACGGGUCUGCCCGCCAAGUACAAAGAUCCGCUGACAGGCCUACCGUACGCGACUCUCGAGGCCUUCAAGACGCUGCGCGAAAGGUGGAGCGACCGCGGCAAGCGCCCCCGGCCCGCCAGCACCGGUGACGAGGCCUCCGGCCGUCGGCGCGCGAAGCUGGACGCCGUGGACAACGUCAAGCUGUCGAGCGCCGCGCUGGGGCUCAAGCGGGGCCCCCAGAAGAGCGUGCGGGGCCGCCCUUCGCGGCGAGCUUCGCCCCGGGACGGCGUUUCCCCGGGCACUUCCAGCGCAGAAGAGCGGUCGCUGGGGCCCGCGUCGCCUGCCGAUCUGCCCCCCAGCCGCCUGUCGGUGCAGUCAGGGGCGGAGCAGCCACUCAGUGCGUCGGAGCAGCCUGUUACUGCGGAGCAGCGAGUUAGUGCGUCGGAGCAACACGCGCCGACGGUCGGUUCUGCGCAAACGUUUUCUGCGUUUGCCGCGGAACAGCCCUUGCCGAGCCUUCAAGACGUCACGCUGGACGACUUUGAGGUUGGCAUCGAGACAGCGGCCGGAGAUGAGGAACCCGGGCGAUCGAGCGGUCCCGAGGUAGGGAAUGCACAAGAACUUCGAGGGGAGAACGCGAUCCUUGUUGCUGGAGAAAAGAGUGACCCGGCGAAGAGGGGUCAGCCGGCAAGUGCGCCCGAGCGGCUUCGAGAAGGCGGAGAAGCCGCAGCUUUGGAUGCUGUAGAUAGCGUGGUCGGGAUAGACGGAGAAGCCGGUGUCAGACUUGAUCCGCAAGGUUUGGGUACGGUUAAGGAGGACGUCACAGGAACGCCUCUAUCGACAGCGGCUGCGGCAGUGACUCGGUAUCCGCAAGCUGAUGCUGAAGAAACGGGGUGUCCUGUUGGACAGGUGCGGACAGACGGGAGUGGUAGCGCCGCGCCAAAUCACGAUUCGGACGGAGGGUUGACAAUACGCACUGCCCCGAAUAAACCCGCAAUUGAUCAAGCCCUCUUGCAGUGAGUUUUGAUUGAUCGGAGCAUGGA